AUGGCGCCGUGCGGCGACCCCUCGAUGCCCCUUGCCUCCGUGGUUGGGGUGGGGGUGCUACAUUUAGUAAAUAUCAGUUACAUAGUGACAAGUAUUGGAUCAUGCGCCGCCCCCGUUACGCCUGAUUCAAAAUUGCGGCCUAGACGAAGCAGUGACUCUGCGCCACAAAGUAGCACUUUAGCGACGUUUCCGGAAGUGGUAAUCGUAGGAGUGGACGAGCGGGAGAAAAUUACAACCGAGCGCCGCUCCUGUCGCUGUUUUGGUCGUCGCUGCUUCGAGCCGCCCGUCGGUGGGGACGUGUACUUCGCCGAGGGCCAGAAGCUGACCCUGCAGCCGGCCGUCCAGGGCCCCAUCAGGAGCAUUGAGUGGAAGCGGAACCGCAACCUUCUGGCCGAGUGGUACGAAAGCCAGGAACGGCCCACCUACUUCGGCGGCGAAACCUUCCGGGGCCGAAUAUCCCUCAACGUGGGCACCGGCACGCUGGAGAUCGCGGACGCGGUCGCGACGGACGCGGGCGAGUUCACGCUGGCGCUGAACGACGUGUCGCAGGACGACGACUACAUUGUCAAGUUUGUCCGACUUGUCCCCGAACCGGAAAUGCACGUGAGCCCGGUGGCUUGCUCGGCCGAGUCCGAGAACUGCACUCUGCACUGCGGCGGAAACACCAACGGCACGGAGUCGCUCACUUACUUUUGGAGAACCGAACCCGGAACCGAAACGGUGGGAGAAAGCUACAAGGUGAUCGACCGGACGACCGAGGCGGUCAGGAGCUUCGUGUGCGCCAUGGAGAACCCGUUGAGCCGGAAGGAGAGCAAACCCUUCGACAACCCGUUCUAUCUGGACCGACUCGACGCCGGGUUGAGACCGGGCGUCAUCGCGGGCCUGAGUGUGGGGGUCCUGGUCACAGUCGCCGCGGUCUGUUCUGCCGUGUUUCUGCUCUACCGUAAGAAUCGAAACGACGUCACCGUCAACGGGUCCGGCGCAGCGUCGCGCGCUACCGACCGGGCAACGGAACUGCCGGAGAGGAAACCGCUGCACGCCGACGCUUGACCGCCUGUCGACAGAUGAGCUUCAGCAAACACGCAAAGUGCGUUUCUAUUCAGUGAGCCGCAGCAAAGACAUUUCAAUUGCCGAUAGUUCCCGCAGGAUGGCAACAGAGCACUUCUAUUAGAUAAAGCUGUGCGCUGAGUCCAAAAGAAGCUCCUCACCUCAGUUCAACAUAGUUUUUUGUCACCAAAGCAAUAUUUCUGUAUUUGACACGUACGCAAAAACAAGGCGUGACUUGGCGACUUGUUGACUAAUGAAGGGUGGAUUCUCAAAAACAUCCACAAACUCUCCAAUGCCAAAACAAAUAUGCGGGGUUUGCUCUAAUUAUUAUUAUUAUUAUUAUUAUUGUUGUUUUAAAUGUCAGCCAUUAGCAGGACAUUUCCUGUUGUAAAUGGAUAUAUAUCAAGAUGGCGCCUACCGGUGUGGUCGCCUCGGUGACGAGCUCUCUAGUAUUGUUUUUGUUUCUGUGUUUUUCGUUCGGCUUUGGCUAGGCUCCGGCAUGCCCGCGACCGUUGUGAAGAUAAGCCGUAAAGAAAAUGGAUGGAAAAAGCUGCAGUGCUGUGAAAAACGUAUUGGACCCUUGUCAAAUUCUUAUAUUUUUGCAUAGUUUCCCCACUUUUAAUGUUUGAGAUCAGCAAACAAAUGUAAACAUGAGACAAACAUAAUCCAAGUGAAUUUAGAAUGCCGUUUUUAAAUGAAUUCGUUUAUUAAGAGAAAAACAACUAUUGGAAGUUACCUGGGCCUUUGUGAAAACGCAACGCCCCCGAAACCCUAAGGAGUCUUUGAGCCACCCUGAGCAGCAACAACUGAAAUCAAGUGUUUUCUCGUACUGGCAAUGAGCCUUUCACAUCUCAGGAGAUAUUUUGGCCCCCUCCUCGCAGAAUUGUUAGAAUUCAGCAAAAAUGGAGGGUUUUCGAGGAUGAACGGCCUUUUGAAGGUCGUGCCACUGCAUUUCAAUCGGAUUAAAGUCUGGACUCUGACUGAGCUACUGCGAAACCUUCAUUUUUUUUUUUUUUUUCAUAAACUGAUGGCUUAACAUUCUCCUCCAGGAUUUUGUGGUCAAGAGCAGAAUUGAUGGUUCCAUCCAUCACAGCAAGUUGUCAAAGUCCUGAAGGAGAAAAGCAGUCCAAGACCAUCACACGACCACCACCACGUUUGACUCUUGCUGUCAUGUUCUUUUUCUGAAAUGCUAUGCUUUUUCACGGCACUGUAAAUGUACAAGUAAACCAAGCAGACAAACUAUAUAGUCUACAAAAGAGACGCUAGCGUUAUUUAAAAUACAUUAAAUGAAUAUGAAGCAACA